UAGAUCCAUCUACCUUCACAUCAGAAACACGAAAAGUCGAAAACUCAUACCCAAUGAAGAGAAACGGACCAACCUUUCAGUCUGUGGAACACCAGGUUGAGAACAAAGGUAAGAGGAGAAGGAAAAGUAGGGAAGGAUACCAUAACUUGGACAGGAUCAGUGCAUUGCCUGAUGACAUUCUUGUUUAUUUAGUGUCUCACUUGCCGCUAAAGGAAGCAGUAGCUACCAGUGUCCUUUCUAGGCGAUGGCAUAAUGUGGGACUGUCCACUACUACUCUUAGGUUUCAUGUUGUUGACUUCUCAAUUUGUGAUAAUUUCCGGCGCUACUGGCGAUUCCAAACAAAGGAGUUUAUAGAGCAGGAGAACUGGAAAUACAUCAAUUGGGUGGAUCAUGUGCUGCAACAGCAUAAAGGCAAACAUGUUAAAGAAUUCAGGGUUAGCUUCAGUCUAGAUGGUCGCUUUUCAAGUUCCAUUAAUCGAUGGAUUCAAUUUGCAAUGGAAAAUAGUGUUGAAAGGCUUGAAUUAGAUCUUUAUCCUGAAGCUUUUUUGAGAUUUGGAUAUGAAGAUUAUAAGUUACACAAACUUUUGGGGCUCUGUAUUCCAAAUCUUGGCUCUUGUGGAGGCAAUAUUGGUUUCAAGUCCCUUAAAGUUCUUCAAAUCCGACAUGUUGGUGUGACUGGAGAAUUUCUCGAGCAUUUCCUUUCCAGCUGUCCAUUACUCGAGAGAUUAUCAGUGAGUUACUCAAAAGAUUUGGUUAAUUUAAGAGUUAUUAGUCCAUCAAUCGCAUUGAAGUAUCUGGUGAUACGAAAUUGUGACAACCUGGAAAGCAUUGAAAUCAGAGAUGUAAACAUUGUCUCAUUUAGUUAUCGUGGUUUUCGUUCAACAAACCUGGUUAUCAGUAACGUACCAUUGCUUUCUGAGGUAACCUUUUUGAAGAACGCUUGGCCAAAGGAUUUCAUAAGGGAUAUUUUCACCCACUGCUGUCUUUCUAACAUAGAAAAUCUGAAGCUGCAUAUCCACGGAGCGGCCUACAAUGAGAAAUCUGCAUUGCCUCUAUUAGCAAAUCUGAAGCAUUUGGAAUUAUAUGUUGUGGCAAAUUAUCGUAGGGCACUUCAUCAUUUGAAUAGCUUCUUGAAGGCAUCUCCUUAUUUGCUGACACUUGUAUUGAAGUUGGACAAGUAUGAGGGAAGGCCAUUAUAUUCAUGCCUGGAAGUUGGAGAGAUUGAGAAAGCACCUGAUUGCCCUCACAAUCACCUCAAGGUAGUAGAGAUACUUGGCUAUCGAGCUCAUACAUCUGGUGUCGAACAUGUCAUGUACCUAUUAAAGAAUGUUCUUGCACUGGAGAAAAUUGUUGUUGAUCCUGUACGAGGAUGGGGAUAUCCUCGUGGAUUGGAUAGGCCCGAUACAGAAGUUGAUGAAGAAGUCAAGGCUAGAGAUCAUGCUGAGCAAUAUCUUAAACCAAAAAUCCCUGCAACUGUAGAAUUUGUGUGCAUGUAGUAUCAUCCUUGUGAUCUAGAAUUCACUUUGAGACAUGUCAUGAACUCUAAUAAUAAAUAUGAGUUUGGGUGAAUAAUUCUUCCCUUCUGUA